AUAGUGGAACCUGUCUCAAAGCCUAAGACAAAGUUACGGUUGGACAUUUUCAUAUGCGCCUUUCUGGGGCAGUCGGUGUGGAUAUUCACUCUAUCAGAAAGCGCGGCUUUUGGGACGAUGGUAGGUCCUAUGAUCGGUGUAUCUGGUCCCGCAUGGUACGCACUUGCGGCGGCCAUGCCAACGGUGUUGUUCAUGAUUCCUCUGGUUCGGUGUCGUAUGGUCGCGCCUGGCGCGAGAACGUUUCUACACAUCAUCCACGGACGUUUUGGUCGUACUGCUCACCUUAUGUUCUGCACUUUGGCCCUUCUCAAUAAUCUCUCCCUCGUGGCCACCAUAAUCGAAACUGGGAACAAAGUAUUCUCGAGCAUUUCUACGGAAAUAACCUUUGAUUUGGUGUGGAUUGUCGCCAUAACCAUCGCUGGAAUUUGCGUUGGUGAAUUGGUGAGAUGUAUGCGAUGUCGUGAUUUCUGCCUUGUAGGUUCAAUUGAUAAGAUUUAUGAGGAGAAUGUGGGGGAAAUUGAUCUUUAUUCGAAUACAACUAAUCGGAUGUCAUUCCGCAACUCCUACAUCUGGCUAAUGGCAACAAGAAAAUUCUUUCAUAGCAUUGAAACAGGUGGGUUGACGCCAAUAUUUAUGGACCAAGCAACUUGGCAAACUUGUUGCUAUGCGGCACCGGGUGAGGAAAGCAUUGGAGUUUUAGUUUCGUCGAUGCUGUGGAUGACUCUUCCCUACGCCUUCGCCACGGCCUGCAGUCAUGGUUUUGUUGCGCUGAUACCACGCGGAGAGUUGGUUAACAUGUCUGGCGAAGCUGUCUACUCCCAAACUUCGGCGACGGUAGCAAAAGCGUUAUUUGGCAGAAGCGGUCUACUGGUGCUUUUUAUGAUGUUCGCCUUCAUUAUUUCAAAUAUCUCCGUGUUCCAACUCUUCUCAAUCAGUUCUAUUCUCACUUUCGACAUCUAUGCUAUUCAUAUAAGGACUUAUAAACAACGCCAAAUACCUUUUGUGAUGCAGCCAUUUCGGGUGUGCUUCGACGUCAAUUGCUGUUUAUUGUGUGGAAAAACGCGUGAUCUUAUUUUUCGGCCAAAAGACAAUUGCGAAUGUGUUCCCGUCACAUGUUGUAACCAAUGCCAGCUCGACCAGGCCAAUAACCAGUUUUACAUUUCAGGUGCCGGUGUUCUAGACAUUACGCUGUUUUCGGUUGCAAUCGUAGGAGGAUUUCUUUUCCCUCCUCUGGUGGUGUGCAUUGAGAGAUUUCGCAAGGGAUUUCACAGCAGAGACAACGCGAACAUGCAAUGCCAGUCAUGGCACCGUAUCUACGAAUUGGACAACCCGUUAGCUCCCUGGGCUUUCAGCUUCGCAGAAUCAUUUUCACUUCGUAAUUUCGACAUGGAAAGUUACAACCAACCUGAUCCAGAGGAAGUGAAAAGGUUGUAUAGACGUUCCUGGUAUUUUGCGCUCGGCGGUCCCAUUUUAUACCUCGUCCUGUACCUUCUCAUAAUUCCCGCUCCCUUCUAUGCUGUCGGCAUCUUGGAUCUUACCUUUUUCAAGAUUUGGCCAAAACCACAUGGAAACGGUGAACAGAGUCUACUGAACUUUGGAGUUGUUACAGUUGCGUUGGCCAUGUAUUCCACAGGCGCUUCCGCACUCACAGUCAGCAGUUAUUCGGCUGUGCAGCAUGGAUUAUCUGGUCCUAUGUGGUUCAUGGUGGGGACUGGGACGCCCCUCUGUUUCGUAGGAAUCCUGAUUACGCAGUUUAGAACCAGAGCUCCGGGCGCAGAAACUUUUCCCCAACUGAUGCUGGCACGAUUCGGGAAGCGAGUACACCUUCUAUUCUGUAUCUUCACAAUUCUUAACAACCUCUCCAUUGUUGCAGCUGUGGUGAAUACUGGUUGUGGAUUCUACUCAGUCAUAUCGAAAAAUGUGACUUUUGAGUUGGCGUGGAUAAUCACGGUGGUCGUCAGCGAGAUCUGCGCAACUGUCGGCAGUAUGUCCAACCUCUUGCCGUUUAGCUCCGCCAUGUUCAUCUACCUCCUGACUAUGACUCUAGUUAUCACCAUCAAAGUAUUCUUCUACGACGAGGCUGGCUUGCUGGGAUCGAUUGAGAAAAUCUACAAUGCUGCUCAGGAAGUUGACAUCUUCCACAAAAACGAUGGAAGCGAUCAUUUGACCAUGCGAAACUAUUUUUCAUUUGAAAUGGGACUGUGCAAAUUUGUAGCAAGCCCAACGGUGGAGAUAGCGAAGCGCCUUCUUGGUCCAAAUGGUCUCUUCACACUCUUCUCUCUCUACGCCUUUGUGGUGACAACAGCAACACAUUUGCAGAUUCUUUCCAUCACUAAGAUACUGACGUUCGACAUAUAUGCCGUGCAUUUGCGACCAUUCCGAGUGUGCUACGAGAUCAACUGCUGUAUCUUUUGCGGCAAAUCAAAAGAGGAAAAGACACGUCCGAAGGACAAAUGUCAAUGCUGCGAACCAUCCGACUGUCUGCAGUGUCAGGAAAACUUAAAGUCUGUCACAGCUAAAAGUAGUGACCUUCCACUUAGUGGAUGCGCAUCAGCAGUUUUUACUCCCAUAUGGAUCACGCAGUUGCCUAAUAAAAAAGGAGGCUACAACAAUUGUGCACUUGGUUGCAACGUGCACAACAGCUACUUAAAGUAUGUGGAAGGCUUGAAAAAUGUCCGCCGAUCUUCUACUCUCAUCGUCCUUUGUGUAAUUGUCCCCAUGGGGUUGAUUUUGAAUUACUUUUCGGUAAGUGGAGAUUCGUAUUGUAUGCUAAGGAGAAAAAAAAUUGUCGAAUAUCAAAUAUUAUCCCAAAGCAUGCUAGAAGGAUCCCAUUAA